AUGAGCUUCCUCUCCGCCCAGUUGGCCGCCUCGGCCAACCAAGCUCAGCAGCAGAUGGCGCGCAAUGAUCCAGAUGCAGCGGCACCGCCGUAUCCACAGUCCCCUGACCCGACGCUCCCCGACCCCAAAUGGCUAGAGGGACUCGAAUCGCACCCCAUCUUCAGCGGCACCGCUGCGGCUCACACCACAAACCACCCUCACCUCGCACAGCACUCCACCAACCCUCGCCUCAUGGCCGUCAGGAACACCGACCUCAUCCUCGCCGCAAACGGCGAGGUCCGCAUCGCCUCUCUCCUCGAUGCAAAGGCGUCCGUCAAGCACCAGCCCAUGUCCCCCUCCCCCUCCACCUCGAGCUCCGGCCUGUCUUACAAGGUCCUCGAGCCCACCGACCCUGCCCACAUCGACUGGGAGAUCCGACACCUCCUCGUCAAUCCGACUGGAAAGCUGCUCGCAGUCGUCGGCGAGUACACCGUCACGCUCCUCGUCCUGCCACGCUCUGGCUACAGCAAGCAAGUCGGCGGCGAGAUUGCCUCCCGCUCCGUCCCCGUCGCGCCCUACUACCACUCCGUCCACGGCCUGAAUCGCAUCGCAAAGGUGCAGUGGCACCCAUGGGGCGAGGCAGGCACCAGCCUCCUCGUGCUCACCGACGACGGCCUCCUCCGCGAGUACGACGUCUCACGGGACACGGAAGAGCCGCAGCAGGUCGUGUCGCUCCUGCCUCGCACCCACACCUCCGGCGCCAGUCACCUCCACAGCCGCUCUCGCUCGGCCACGCCCACCGCCGCUUCCCUGGCAGCAUCCAUCUACUCCUCCCCCGUGCCCUUCCGCAAGGGGCAAGAGGCUUCCGCAGCCUCGCCGUCUAGGAGCCGAGCGGGCACUCCCGGCAUACACUCGUCCUUUGGCCUCACGGCCGAUGACGACGACUCCCGCAUCGCCGUCAGCUUCACUCUCUGCAUCACGCAGACGUCGACCAGCGCUCGCACCAUGUUUGACGACAUCGAAGACGAGGCUUGGGCGUCCAAGGCCAAGUCCUCGCGCCGCGCCGACGACUGGUCGGCCUUUACCGUGCUGGGCCUCAUGAAGAACGGAGACGUUUGGGCUAUCUGCCCCUUUAUGCCCCGCAACGCCAUGGUGCCGCCCUCGUACAUCCACCUGCUAUCCCGCCUCACGACGCUGAAGCUCUCCGCCACCGACGGGAGCCAGGCCGAGGGAGGCGAUGCCGAGCUCGAGUCCGAGAUGCGACUGCGCUUCCUCAACGCCCUCCUGAAGCAAGUCGGCGAUAAAUCGGGCGGACAGCGCGAACGAUCCGCCAGCCGCGCUCGCUCGGCGGCCACGCCGGGCCCGGACCGUGCUAGCCGCUACAGGUCGACAUCUGCCAUGGACCUCGACCGGCUGUCUGCCUUGCCCGACGGCGCAGACCCGGCCGCCGACGAUGCUCUCGACGUCAGCCACGACAUUCCGAUACGUCUGCACCCUCCUUCUUGGGCCUUCGCCGAGGAGAUCGCUUCCUCUGGUGGCAAGAAUGCACCUCGGGCCCAAGGGCCGUUCUUGCUCAGGCCGGCGCCCGUGGAGCUGUGCGACGAAAGGGAGAGCGCCGCCUGCGACAUUGCCUGGUCGUGGCUCGAUAGGCUGGGUCAGCCCGGCACGAGCCAGGGCAGCAUCUCCGGCCUCGGCAUCGUCGCGCUCGUCGGCCACGACGGCCGCGUCGACGUCGGCGUGCUGCUCGAGCCGGUCGAGCCUAAGUGGGGGAAGGGCGAGUCGCGCCAGCGCGCUGCGCGCAAGAGCGCCAAGCCGGUGCGCACCAAUCGCUAUGGCCUCUCGGACACUGAGGACGAGGGCGACGAGAGCGUCGCGCUCGACUUUGACAGCCUGACCUUGUCGAGCAACGAGGCGCUGCCGACGCUGCUGAUGUACGAGACUAUCGAUCUCGGAUUGCUCGACUCGGUGAUGGAGUCGAGCAAGCACGGCCAGAGCGAGAGCUCCGACGUCCUGCUCGACGCGUCUGCGCGCAAUCGCCCCUGCUUUGUCGCGGACCCGCUCUACCGCGACACGCUCUACGUCUACCACGCCCUCGGCGCCCAGUGCCUUGGCUUCGCCAGGUGGGCCGGCAAGCUCAUCGACGUGCUCAACCUGCCCUCUGAAGAGGACCUGGAGCUCGAACAGCAGGACGGUCAGCAGGGCCGGGAGAAGGCCCUGACCAAGCUGCUGCACCACGGCGAGACGACUGAGGUCGUCUGGAUCGUCAAGACGGUUACGGCGGGCGAGGCAAGCGCGCCAUCGAUGAAUCCGAUCGUGGCGGUCUGCAUCCUCUCGGACGUCUACCUAUCGUACUCCUUCAUGGCGGUAACUCAGGACCUGCAGCUCGUCGCACUCGAGCUGAGCCUGAGGAUCGACACCGACGACCUUGUCUCCCGCGGCGCUGCGCAGGGACCUCGCCGCGGCACGGCAGCCGACGCUGCGACUCGCCCGGACCGCCCGCGAGCCUACGUCUCGCUGCUCGGCGACGGGACGCCAUUCACGCCGCCCGCGCUCUUCAACCAGAGCGGUACGCUCAAGGGUCUGCCAUCCCAGCCACGCCGCGCGGCCGCGGGCUCUGGGGACGGGUCUUCGUCGUCGUCGGAGCUUCAGGUGACUCCGGACACGCUGAGGCAGCUGGGCAAGACGGUGGAGGGCUACCGCGUCGAGAUCCGCGACGUGGUGCAGGCGGGCAACGCGGUGCAGGCGCGGCUGGACCUGCAGGUGCGCGAGAUGACGCGGAUGCUCGACAAGCUCGACGCGAUCCGCAAGCGGUGCGAGCGCGUCUCGGGCGCUGGCGGGCUCGACGAGAGGCUGCGGCGCAUCCGGGCGCGCCAGCAUGAGCUGACGAGACGGACGGACAAGGCGCUGCAGAAGCUCAUGGAUCGCCACCAGCCCAGCCUGAGCAUCUACGAGAAGCGGUGGUUCGACGAGCUGGGCCGCAUCGCCAAGGAGGUCGGCGUCGUUGCGGACGGCAAAGCGGACAAGGACGGCAAGGCCACGACGACGACGACGACGACGACGACGACGUCGGGUGGAGGAGGAUUGAAGGCCAAGUCGGAGCUGCUGCAGCACCACCUCAACCUGCUACGUCCGUCGCUGCAGCAGAUGGUCGAGGAAAAGCAGAAGGCCGCGCGCGCCCAGCAGAGGCAGGUGGCCAAGGACACCUUUAGCCAGGAAGCCAACGUCGCGAGCGGCGGUGGUGCUGGUGUGGGCGGAAUGGGGAGGGAGCAGCUGAGGAGGGUCGAGAUGAUGCUCGGCAGCGAGACUAGGCUCCUCACCGAGGCCAAAGCCAAGAUCCUCGAGCUCAACGCCAGGAUCGCAAAGGUCCAGAUGCAGGUUUAG